UCGCGUAUCUCGCGGUUUUCCUCCCCUCCCAGCUGGAGAGAACUUCCCAGUCUCUCCUGAGACGCGGCGGGGAGGAGCAAAGAGAAAGGGGUGGAAGUGCAAACAAGAGUCCGCGGCCAGCGGCUCAGGCUUGGAGUUUGUUCUUGCACGCUCGCGAGUUGGUGGGAGCACCCGCGUGUCUUCGGUGCUGUCUGGGCGCCCUGAACUGUGCGCGUCUCGGAAAUCUUCAUUUUCUGAAAUUAGACCUUGAUUAUCAAACACCAUGAACAACUAUAGUGUUUCUUUGGUUGGUCCAGCCCCUUGGGGUUUCAGGCUUCAAGGCGGCAAAGACUUCAACAUGCCUUUGACCAUCUCUCGGUUGAGUGAUGGAGGAAAAGCAGCUAAUGCAAAUGUGGGAAUAGGAGACAUGGUUCUCAGUAUUGAUGGGAUAAAUGCAGAUGGCAUGACUCAUCUGGAAGCACAAAACAAGAUCAAGACCUGUACAGGCAAACUGACUAUGAAUCUGCAAAGAGCACCUACAGCCCCAAAACCUGAUCCUGUUCCGGUGCAGCAGGUAGAGCCUAAGGAACUAGUUAAGCCUGUGCCCAUUGCAUCCACAGUCGUACCCAAAGUUUCUUCCGCAACCAACAUGGCCUUCAAUAAGGCCCCAAGACCCUUUGGGUCUGUAUCAUCUUCCAAGAUCACUUCCAUUCCAUCGCCAUCGUCUGCCUUCACUCCAGCUCAUGCGAGUUUUUCAUCACAUGCUUCCCCUACACCACUGGCUACUGUCACGCCUCCCCCAUUCACCGCCUCCGGACUGCAUGCUAAUGCAAAGUCUAAUGCUGAUCCGCGUUCACCUGAGCUGAGCGCUGCUAAACCUGCAGUUAAUGUCCCAUGGCAGCCCACACACUAUGCAUCCCUGAACACCUCUUUCAACGACAAUGCCCAGGAGGUGGCAGAGGGGCAGCGAAGAGGAUUCAAAGAGAACCAGGGUGACAAUAAGCAGCAAAAUGGUCCACCGCGGAAGCAUGUUGUGUAUACAAAUACAGAGUUUUACCAUCCACCCACUCACAGCAACAACAGCAAGAAACGAUUGAUGGAGGAUACCGAGGAUUGGCACCCAAGAACAGGAACUACCCAAUCACGUUCUUUCCGCAUCCUUGCGCAAAUCACUGGCACUGAACAUAUGAAAGAACCAGAACCUGAUCAUUCAAAGAAGGCAAAUGAUUCUCUGGAGCCAGCACAGUUUACUGCUUAUACAGCUGCCACAAUAAGGAGCAUGUCUGAAACCCCAGAGAAUGGCGCAAAUAGGCCAGGUCCUGCCAAUACAGCAUCUGUACCAGCCUUCAAGCCAACAGGACCUCAGUAUGCAGUCAAAACCCCAGGCUGGCAGUCUUCAAAUCAACCAGCAGCUGGAAGUGGAUGGACAUCAAGCAAUAACACAAGACCUGGAGCAGCUGUGCCAAGUGAAAAAACCACAGCAGCACCACCUCUAACAGAUGAUGACACUUUGGUUCAGCGGGCAGAGCAUAUUCCUGCAGGAAAGCGAACUCCAAUGUGUGCUCAUUGCAAUCAAGUAAUUAGAGGGCCUUUCCUGGUGGCCUUGGGAAAAUCUUGGCACCCAGAGGAAUUUAAUUGUGCCCACUGCAAAACUUCCAUGGCUUACAUUGGCUUUGUGGAAGAAAAAGGAGCUCUUUACUGUGAGGGCUGCUAUGAGAAGUUCUUUGCCCCUGAAUGUUCCCGAUGCCAGAGGAAGAUACUUGGGGAAGUAAUAAAUGCCUUGAAACAAACCUGGCAUGUUUCCUGCUUUGUGUGCGUAGCCUGUCACAAGCCCAUUCGCAACAACGUUUUCCAUUUGGAGGAUGGUGAUCCCUAUUGUGAGACAGAUUACUAUGCACUCUUUGGUACCAUGUGCCAUGGCUGUGAAUUCCCCAUUGAAGCUGGGGACAGGUUCCUGGAAGCCUUAGGACACACUUGGCACGAUACUUGCUUUGUGUGCUCAGUGUGCUGUGAGAGUUUGGAAGGCCAGACUUUUUUCUCUAAAAAGGACAAACCCCUGUGCAAGAAACAUGCCCACUCUGUGAACAUCUAAAGUACUGGAUGUUGCUAAAACAAUCACAUUGACAGGAAAACAAAAUUGUCAGGUGUCGGUUUUCAGUAGGCUUACUGAAGUAUUAAUCUAGACUUUUUAACUGUAGAAGCAAAGAAGGAAUAAGGUUUAUGACUGUUUCAUGUAAUACAACAGGGAGCAUUUAGAGCAGGGGUGGCUAACCUGUGGCCUGCCAGAUGUUGGUGGACUCAAAUUCCCGGCAUCCCUGAUCAUUGGCUGUGUUGUCUGAGACUGAUGGAAGUUGGAACCCAACAGCAUUUGGGGGGAGGGCAGAGGUUCCACACCCCUGAUUUUAACAGUGAGCUGUAGUACUGAUGUCAGACAAAUGAAACGCAAACCUCUGAGAUUAUAUGGAGUUUUUGUUUUUGUUUUACAAAAGAUAAUAUUGUUUCAGUCACACAUUUUGUAGCUCACCUUGCAUUCAUCUUUAAGUGCCAUUAGUGGUAAAAUGAUUCAUAAGCACAUGGGAAAAUUAGAGGUGAGUUUGCUGCUGCUUCUUAGGUGGGGAGAAACAAAAGGCGGCUCAGUUUUGGGUAAUGAAUCAGUUUAACUGGUAUGUAUUGUGCUUUUCAAAAAUACAACUAACAACAUAAAACUAUUUGGCACAAAAGGGAGUGUUCACACUGUAUUAGGAGAUUUGAAACAGUUCUUUUAACUGCCACAUCAUAUAAAGAUUUGACUUUUUUGCAUGAGUGUGUAGGAAGAACAUAACUUACCUACUUCUAAAAUGUAAUAAAUGUUGUUAGAAGAAGACUUACGGAUAAGGGGGAGUCUCCUUUGGAUUACAUAAGAUCACCUCUAUACCUUCUUUGUAUAUACCUCUGUGUGCAUAUAGCACUUCUAUUGGUGUAGCAAAUAGAAAAGGGACGGGUAAGGGAUGAAACAACAGCUUUCUUAGAUACAAGAUUCUCACUGCAUUAGAGCACAGUAAGAGGAAAUAAAAAUUGUGAUCAUUCUUUUCUGUUGUGCACAUGACAUUGUGAAUUAUGUUAAUUUACCAUUUUAAUACAGAUGCUUUGCUUGCUUCUUGCCAUAAUCUGUAAAUAUAUAUAUGUGAAUUAGUUGAAGUUCUUUCUACAUAGAUCAGUUCCUGUUUCUCCAGAGAUAGGAAGAUGAUUUUGUAAUAAAAUGCAAACUAAGAUAUUUAUCACUUUGAAAGAGGAGAAAAUGAAAAGAACUUAUACUGUAAUGCAAAAGUGGUGGAAGUGUGUGUUUAUGCAUAUGCAUUUUAUGUGUACAAGGGAUAGAGUAAGUUUGCCUCAAUAGCAUCUACAUAAGGGAUGACUGGGCCAGGCUACCAUGUUAAUUUUUAAAUAAAUAAAUAAAUGAAGUAAAAGUAAAGUAAUCCUUUCCAGCUGAUCUUAGGAAUCAGUUUAGCCAUGUUUGCCUUGGUUCUCAAUCACUUCUAAAGAAUGACUCCAAAAAAAAAAACUGCUGCUUUGAACUAUUAAACCCUGUGUCACAUUGCAAUGAUUUCACAGACUGGACUGUGGGGUGUGAAAUAUUCCAUUUCCCAUUGAAGUGAUAUAUAAAGUAUACAUAUUCUACCUUUUAAACUUAAAAGCAUAGAAUGAAAGUUGUUUUUAAACUAAUUUGCCAAUGUUGACUUGCAGGUGAUCAUACACCAGUGUGUACUUGCACACCUGGCUUCCACUUCCCCAGUCAAACAUACUGAUUCAUGAUUCUCUUAGUUGUAUGACAGGCUAAGUUUUUCUACAUGGCAAAUCCUGAUUACUGUCCCAUGCCCUGCAAGCAUAUUGAAGUUUUACACUUAUGAUAAGAAAAUAGAAAUUUGGAUGAAUUAUAGUUCUUGAGGCAUGUGACGAUAAAGGGCAAGGCAAAAUGGAAAAAUCUAUGAUAGCAUGAUUAGGAGCACAACUUUGAUUUUUGUUUUAUAUUAAAAGAUCUACCCACAUGCUGUCCUGAUUGCAAGGUUUCAUUCUGGUGCUUUCUGUACAGUUGGUUUGUGCCUGUGUCAAUACAGAUGGCCGUUUGCCAGCUGAUAACAUACUGCAGGGUCUUGGUAAACCAGUAAUCUCUAUUGUCCAACCAAGUGAUAGAAUCAUAGAAUAGCAGGGUUGGAAGGGGCCUAUAAGGCCAACCUCCUAUUCGAUGCAGGAAUCGAACUUAAAACAUACUUGACAGGAGUCUGUCCAGCUGCCUCUUAAAUGCCUCCAGUAUUGGAGAGCCCACCACCUCCCUAGGGAAUUGGUUCCAUUGUCAUACCACUCUAACUGUGAGGAAGUUUUUUCAGCUGAAAUCUAGCUUCCUGCAACUUGAGCUCAUUAUUUUGUGUCCUGCAUCCCGGGAUGCUCAAGAAGAGACCCUGGCCUUCCUCUGUGUGACAACCUUUCAAGUACUGGAAGAAUGCUAUCAUAUUUCCCCUCAAUCUUUCCUUCUCAAGGCUAAACAUGCCCAGUUCUUUCAGUCUCUCCUCAUAGGGCUUUGUUUCAGGUCCCCUGAUUAUGUUCAUUGCUCUCCUCUGGACCUGUUCCAGUUUGCCUGCAUCCUUAAAGCGCAGUGUCCAGAACUGGACACAAUAAAGAUGAGGCCUAACCAGUGUUGAAUAGAGGGGAACUAGUUCUUCAUAACAGAAGAGUAUUACCACUCUUCCAUGUUUUGGUUCAAGCACAGAUUUUUUAUUAAUUUUUCCUUGCUCCAUGCAAGUCGUUGCCUUGUUAAUGGUUGUCUGUAUUCAACCGGUUUCUGUUAUAAACAAAUAGAAACAAUGGGUUGUAGCAAACAUUAGUCCUAUGGGUAGUAGACCCACUGAAAUUUAACAGACAUGACUAAUUUAGAUUUAUUAGUUACAAUGGGUCUACUCUAUAACUUAAGCUGAAUACAACUCAUAAAAUAUAGCCUCUGUACUCUGUUUCAUUAAUAAUCCAGCAUCUAGUAAGUUCUGCAGAGCAUGUAUGGCUACCCAAGCAUAUAAAUAAACCUGAGACUUAAAAUCUAUGGGAAUUUCAUUGUAUAUUUAAAUUUCAUACCAUGCUUUUAAUAGUGAUAGCCAAGAUUUUAGCAGUCCACUUUUCUUACUGACUAAAUAUUUUGUGGUGAGACUCUUCUAUAAAUAUAUCUGUUUUUAUUUUUUGAAGCUUUAUUCAUUUACCUCUAACAGCCUUUCCCAAACUUUUGGUUCCCAGAUGUUGCUUGACUACAGUUACCAUAAUUCCUGAGCUGUAGUUCAACAAUGUCCAGGGACCAAAAGGUUGGGAAAGGCUACUCUGAAGUCUUUAGAUGUGUCAUUUUCUUAUAUGAUAUAGCAAACUUCAUGAACUGGCAGUCAUCUUGGAAGCUUACAAGUUGCAAAAUUACAUUCAAACGGACUUUGAGCAUAGCAGGCAAUGCCCAGUAUUUAUUAAAUAGUUCUGCCACCUGCUAUUCUGCAAAUGUCCUAGCGACUAUUAUUAACACAAAAGUAAAGAAAGUAAAAUAACUGAGAACACGACAUUUGCGUGCAUGUUUAGGAACACUUUGAUUAGAAAAUAGCUUGCUUCAGACAGCAGAGCUGAAACUCAAGGUGUUUAUGAGAAGCAGGCAUUAAGGGUAAGAUGAAGCUGUGUUGAGAGGUUUUUGCAUAUUGUAACUGGCCAGUACAUCAUUCUCUCUUAAUAGAAUAUUUAACGUUCCAGUGGAACAAGAGCUAAAGCAAAAACUGGGGAUUGUUGCACUUUGAUAUUUUCCAUUAUUUAUCAGGAGUGGGGGGAUGAUAUUCAGGAGCAAGACAGACAGAAACAGUUUUGGAUUUUCUAGACUUUGUUUUAAUUCAGUCAAUAGAUUCUGGUGAUGUGCAUGCUCUGUUUUAUUUUAUUGCUUCUAUAUAUUUUUUUCUCCUUUUAAGCAUCUUAUCUAAACACAUAGCUGUGCUUCUGUUGUCAGUAGUCUCUGGAUCCAGUUGUUACAAAAAGCACAAUCAGUAACACAAUAAAUAAAAAUGUCUAUGGAAUUGCAAAGUUUUUAUUUAUUUAUUUAGGUAUUUUUUUUAAACACUCAUCUCUUAGCUGGUUUACAUAGUCAAAUCCUGGCUUAAUAAACCAGGAUAUGCACGAGGUCAGUGCACUCACACACCACCCCUUUACUUUUUCCUUCCCAUAAGCAGAGGAAUAAGCCAAGAUGCUGCAGUUAACUUCGAAACUGAAAACUCAUAUUAAUGGAUAAUAUCCAACUAAGUCAUACUCGGAGGAAACCUGUUGAAAUAAGUGGACUUAAGUCCAUGAAGUACUCAGUGUCUUCCAAAAAAGCCAGCAUACAUAAGCCAACUUUCAACCAUGACUUCAUAUCCUGGUUUGCUUGGAAGCCAUAGUUUCCUGGUUUUCAUGUAAUGGAAGCUAUGGUUACCUGCAACUUCCUAGCUUGUUAGUUCACUCAUAUGAAGGGAGGAGUGAAGUGGGAAAGAAGAGACUGUCUGCAAGUGCACGGAGCUCAUGCAUAUCUCAAUUCAUUAAGUCAGUGUUUGAUUGUGUGAAUGCAGCCUGUGUUUUCACAAGAUGACAGCAAGGUGUCUAAGGUACUCUAUUGAAAUCAGAUGCCUGUAUCCCACUUAUCUUGGUUUAUCGUCUUUUUUCUUUUAAAUUCCCAACUCCUGGGUGGAAAACAGAAUAUUUGACAGAGUUGUGUGCAAAGAUGUCUAGUGCUCUCUCUAAGCUGGAGACAGUAAAUAGGAACUGCAAUUCUAUCUCCUCUGACUGAAUUUAUCUGAUACUGUAUUUAGCCUUGGCACAAAGCAUUCUCUGAUUUCACCUUAGGAUACUUAACCAUCUAUGGUAACAUGGUCAAUUACUUCAUGAUAACAGUAGCCUCAUAAGAUACUUAUGAGCUGGGUAUCUUUUGACUAGGAGAAUGUGCUGUUGUUUUCUGCCUUGUUUGUACAAGGAAAGGGAAACACUGCAUCUGACUAUAAAAAGCUAGAGGCAGCUUUACAGGAAUCCUGCCUGUUUCAUUUGUUUAGGCUACAAUUAAAGACAAAUGCAAGUCUAUUUGCAAAACAGCAUAUUAAACUCCAGAAGCCAAACUCUUAAAGGUAUCAAGACUAGGUUUGACAUUUUUACAGCAGAGGGUUGAUUUCUGUCAACCCACAAUAUAAUUUAACCUUAAAAUGCACCAAGAAACAAAAAUAACAGAUCCGUCAUUCAGUCAUUAAGAAACUGUAAUCUAGUGUAAUAUGUAUAGUCUUAACACUGUGUUUUCACAAUAAACCCCCCUUCACCACUCAACCUACAACAAAUCUUUCAGUCAAAAGGUUUUCUGGUUGAAACAUACUGUAAAACAUCUUCAAAGCCUUUCUUGCAGAACUGCACAUAAAUCCUUUUAAGCAGCAAAAGCUUAAUUUAGGCUGGAGUUUUACUUUUCUGGGGACGUUAAUAUCGUGUGCUCAGACAAGAUCUUGGUUAUAUCAGAAACACAUAGAGCCUAAUUUAUUGUUAGCAGUCUGGUGUUAAUUAGGGGGAGUUACCAGAAAUAGCUUGCUUGAAAUUUACUAGGAAAUCACACUUUACUGAUGGCAGAACAGGAGUCACUGAGAGAGCCCAGCUCCUGUUGAAAACUAAUUAAUUAAUGGUGUCAAAAUUUCUCUUAGCAGAACUUGGUUAUAUCCAUGGGGACCCUCCCAAGGCAACUGGCUCCUCUGUACUAUUUAUGUUUUAAACCCGGGGGGCGGGGGGAAUUCUAAAAUGGUGAAAUGAUUCAAUUCUAAAUGAAAUCAUUGAUACCCCAGGGUCAUUAAAGAAUACCCCCCCUCUCAUUUUGUGGACAGAAAGUAUAUACUUCCUCGGUGGUGGUAAUUUUUCCUAUCCCUGUAGAGCAGCCAUUAGUAAUCAUAACUCAAAAAUCUGUUAUUUUAUUUUCAGAAAUAGUUAUGUACUGUGAUUCAUACUUGUAUUUUAAAAUGAAAGGACUUGAAAAGCAAAAUCCCAUCAUGUUUAUAUUGAAGAAUGUAUUAAUGAAAGCAUUGUAUGUG